UUUGGCGGACUCGACGACACAGUUCUCAGAUGUCUGAAUCACUUCCAAAACAAGCGAUGAAGAUGAUCACCGUUGUACGGACGGUACCGACGAAGCUUGAAAGUUGAAAUGCUGCUUACAUAGCUUAUAGGAUUGAAGAGGCUAGUGCUUCAGAGGUAAAGAAAGCUCGAGCUUAGCUGAACAUCCAACUUUCUUUUUGAUUUCGCAAACAGUUGUUCUCUUCUAUUUUGGUCGGAGUAACAUUGAAUUUCGAAUUCUCUGUCCGUUUGAUGUUCUAGCUGCAAUUUUGAAUGUUUGUGAUUUUCAUCUCAUUCCCCUGCGAUCGAUAAGGUUUCUGAGAAAUGUCUUCUCAAAAUUGGUGCUAAUUGCUGGUAGCGACUGAAUUAGCUCAUAAUUUUUCGUCAUGAUUUAGCUGUCUAUUGUCAACCGUAGUUCAUAAGCUAAUUCAGACUUGUUUGAUAACUGUGGGUUUUCCUUUCUCACGCAUUAGUAUCCAGUUGCUGCAAGGUGCAUGAUGGUCGUAUGCGACUGCUCCAAGUUCAUGUGGUUUUUUAAAAUUGGGAGUCCAAUGUGAUCCCGAGCUUCUUCAAGUUAUUGGAAUAUUUUAUAGAUAUUGGUUGCUUCCCACGGUUUCUUAUAUGGCUAUUCAUAAAUGUACAAACUUGUUUCAUGGUAUCAAAAUCCGGAGGCUGCUGAUUAUGAUAGCCAUCAUAAUUUCAGUUCUCAUUGUUUCACAGUGCUACGUUUAUCCUUAUGCGAAAAAAUCUUUCCUACCACUUGAUGUUAAGAGCUCAGACAUUAUGAGUCUUCAAAAUAUCACUAGUUUAAAUCAUUCAGAAGUUCAUUUCCUGUAUACUGUCACUCAUGUGAAAAAUAGGAAGGAAAGAACUGAGUACAUUACUGAAAAGAAGGGAGAAAGAGGAUUUGGUUUGACGUUGGAUGCUGCUAAGAGCAUGCCAUAUGAGAAUGGUACACCAUUUGAAGAGACUUUGGCAAUGCCAGAUGGAAAUUUUACUGUUGAUAAUGACAUUGGGAGUGGGACGGUAGAGUUUGGUUCUAAUCCCCCCAUGAAGGAAAAAAUUUUAGACAACAGUUACAAGAGAGUUGUUGAAGGUGAAGACAGCAGCAAUCUAAAUAUGAGUAAAAUGAGAAACCAUAUUUCUUUUGUCUCAAAUCAACCUCAAGAGUUAAUUGUAGAUCCUAGAAAAUCUGACUUGUCUUCUGCUCAAAAUACAUCUUCCAUUCCAGAAGACCGUUUCGGUAGAACUGAGGAAAUAGUUACAAAUGAUACAAGGUCUGAGCAAGGGAAGAAUGUCUCCGUUACCUUGGAUGGACUUGCACGGUAUGACAUAUCGACUUUGGAGAGUCCUGAGAUGCCACCAAUAUCAAUAUCUCAAAUGAACGCGUUGUUGUCUCUAAGUCAUACUUCUCCUUGUUCGAAGAAGCCACAGUGUCGUUUGUCUUCUUCACGUGAUCGUGAACUUCUACAUGCGAGACUGGAGAUCGAGAAAGCCACUGCUGUUGUGAACAGCCCAGGAAUUAUUUCUGUUUUCAGAAAUGUUUCUAUGUUCAAGAGGAGUUAUGACUUGAUGGAAAAAACGCUUAAAGUUUAUAUCUACAAGGAAGGAGAAAAGCCUAUUUUCCAUCAACCUCGGAUGAGAGGGAUAUAUGCCUCAGAAGGAUGGUUUAUGAAAUUGAUGAAAGAGAAUAAAAAUUUUGUUGCAAAGAAUCCCAAGAAGGCUCACUUGUUCUAUUUACCUUUCAGUUCGCAGUUACUAAGGAGUGCACUUUCUGAACAAAAUUCCCAAGGUCGAAAGAUCCUAGAGGAACGUCUAGGGAACUAUGUCAACUUAAUUAGGAGAAACCACCAAUUCUGGAACAGAACUGGAGGUGCUGAUCAUUUUCUUGUUGCUUGUCACGACUGGGCUUCCAAACUCACAAGGAAGUAUAUGAAGAACUGCAUCAGAGCUCUCUGCAAUGCAAACGCUGCUAGAGGCUUUCAAAUUGGGAAGGACACUAGCGUACCAGUUACAAAUAUACAUUUGACAAAGGACCCUGAUAUAACUACUGGAGCAAAACCUCCUUCAGACAGGACUACAUUAGCCUUCUUUGCUGGGGGUAUGCACGGUUAUCUCCGACCAAUACUGCUUCAUUACUGGGAAAAUAAAGAACCUGACAUGAAAAUUUUUGGCCCAAUGCCACGCAAUGCUGAAGGGAAAAGAAUCUAUAGGGAGCACAUGAAAAAUAGUAAAUACUGCAUAUGUGCGAGAGGAUAUGAAGUUCAUACUCCUCGAGUGGUUGAGGCCAUUCUAAACGCAUGUGUUCCAGUUUUCCUAUCAGAUAAUUACGUGCCUCCUUUCUUUGAGGUAUUAAACUGGGAAUCAUUCUCAGUAUUUGUUCAAGAGAAAGAGAUCUCUAAUUUGAGAAAUAUUCUGCUCUCAAUUCCUGAGAAGGACUACCUUGUCAUGCAUGCAAGACUGAAAAUAGUUCAAAAGCAUUUCAUUUGGAACAAAAUUCCGGUGAAGUAUGAUUUAUUUCAUAUGAUCCUUCACUCAGUAUGGUAUACUCGAGUUUUUCAGAUGAAAACCAAUUGAUUUAGGUAGCAUCAGAUUCUGGUGUCGGAAAGCCGCAAAUGUAUAAUGAAUAAGAAGACUGUGAAGGGGAAGCAAAAGGUUGUAGUGUAAAUAUGCCAAGCUUCCAUAACAUCGUACACCCUCCUGAUAGAGAUGAAGCUUAGCUUGAAUCUCUCUAAUCAUAUGGUGGAAUUCUUGAGGGAUAUAUUUGCAAAUGGUUCCAUCUUGUAAAUGAGUUCGAUGACUAAUCAGUUUCAUAUUCCAUACCAAGUUUUGAGUUCCACUUAGAGCAGUUUGUGAAACCAAAUGAUACCGUCACUUAAGGGAACGAGUUAGAAGAUUUUGGUGCAAUGGAUUGGAUUUUGGUGAGUUAGAAGAAUUUAAAAACUUAUCAUUGCGAAAGCCUGAGGAUAUAGAUAUGACUUUCAAUUCUUCAACCGCCAUGCUACGGAUCCCAGCUUCACCUGUUAACACAGUUCAUUCAGAGAACUUGAUAUCAAAUAUAAGCUCAUCAGUCUCAGAAACCGAUUCUAAAAGCACAACUCAACGGAAGAAGAUGAAGAGUGAAAUGCCAUCAAAGUCCAUAACUUCACUAGAAGAGAUGAACAGUAUGUUUGUGUUAGUUUUGAAUUGUUCGUCUGAUGAUCUUAUAUUAUGCUGGGUUUUAAGAUUGUUCUUGCUUUGCGUGGAGACCAAUGAGUUCCUCUUUACGUGAUCAGGAAAUUUAUUCUGCCAAGUCCUAUAUGUGCGUAAUUUUCAUAACAGGACAAAUUACGUCAAUUUUUUUGAAGGAAUACUCGGAAAAUAUUGCAGCCAAAUAUCCAUACUGGAAUAGAACUGGUGGAGCAGAUCAUUUUCUUGUUGCAUGCCAUGAUUGAGCGCUGCUUAAAAGCACUUUGCAAUACUGAUGUAACAGUUGCCUUUAAAACUGGAUGAGAUAUGUCUCUUCCAGAAACUUAUCUAGCGAGAAAUCUUCUUAGAGAUCUUGGAGUAAAACCUGCUUCACAAAGACAUGUUCAUGCCCUUUUAUGCUGGGAAUAUGCAUGGUUAUGUCUUAACCCUGAUAUGAAGAUCUUUGGUCCAAUGACUCAUGGUAUUGCAAGCAAAAUGAGUUACAUUCAGUGUAUGAAGAGCAGCAAAUACUGCAUCUGCCCAAAGGGUUACGAGCUCAAUAGUCCACGGGUUGUGGAAGCCAUGUUUUAUGAGUGUGUACCUGUGAUCAUAUCAGACAAUUUCGUACCACCAUUUUUAGAGGUGUUGAAUUGGGAAGCAUUUUCAGUGAUUGUUGACAGAAGAGGAUAUUCUCUACUUACAACGACAUACUGCCUUCUUUCAAUACUAAAUGAGAGAUAUCUCGAGAUGCAACUCCGAGUCAGGAAAGUACAUAAGCACUCCCUUUGGCAUGCCAAGCCCUUGAAGUAUGACAUUACCCUUCAUUCAUUCUGGUAUAACAUAGUGUUUCAAAUAAAGAUGUUGUAAGUGCUCCAUUGAAGUUAUGAAGGAAAUCCAUGAAACUCUAAAAUAACUGCACAGAACAAAAUGACUCCUUUGCAGCUUCUCUUUGGAAAAAAUCUGCUUAAACCUCGGUGGGAUCAUGUCAAGGACCUUGAAAAUGGAUUGCAACUGUGGCAGUGCUCUUGUAGAUAGCAGACUGGUAAAACAAAACUAUGAUUAUUUGUCAAUAUUGCAGUAGAAAUUCUGAUUUCCUUUCAGCAACCUCUGCAUCUGGCUGUGAGUCUUCGGGUUUCAAAUCAUGGAAGCCAUUUUCCAGGACCACAAUGGAAGUUAUUACUCGUUCUUUGGGUCAUCAUCAACCACAUCCAUCCAAAGCAAUAAAUGUUUUCACUCACUGGGUCCAUCCAGACCAAUUGAAGAGAGACCCACAUUCAAGAACCGUAUCUCUGAGAUCGGAAUCAGAUACUCAGGCAUAUAUGAUCUUUAAUAUGGCACCACAACACGAAGCUUCCUAUGAAGAACAGGGGCAAUGUGGAAUGGGCGAUGAUGUUAAUGAACUUGGUGGGUUGCUGUCAACAAACAAAGGGACCCUGAUUAUCAGAUAUUUGAGAUCUUCUACAGGCUCUACUACUCUCAUGAAACUUCAGAUGAUCACACAGGUACCAAGAAUAAAAUAGAAUCAAAAUAUUAGCUAUUGUGGGUCCCUGUGAAUUUAGUGAUCUUUGCUUCAAAAUGGGAAAAAAAAAAAAAAAAAAUGGUGGGGAUUGCAAAAUUAGGUGUUCUGAAUGAGAGCAUAUGGUUAUAAUGAUGGCCUGAUGAGGUUCUUCCUUCUGGGUCCUUCUUUUCUCAUAACUCCAAUAACCAUAAUAAAUUUUGACAGAUUUGAAGUGUCCCUAUUUCAUUAAAGGAUGGAAAUUUGCCAGCCUACCAGGAUUAAGUUUCCCAGUCCCAUAUCCACCAUUAUUGGAUAAGGUGAAUUUCAAGUCCAAUCAGAACUCAUUUUUACUAUGUUUUCAAUGAUUCUGAUCCAAAUUCGUAGU